UUAAAAAAUAUUUAGUCUGUGAAGUUUGUGUUAUGAGAAAUAUCGAAAAUAUUUAAGAUGCAACCACAGAUUUUAGUGCUGAAGGAGGGGACGGACCAGUCGCAGGGCAAGCCCCAGCUCAUCUCCAACAUCAAUGCUUGUCAGCUUGUUGUAGAUGCAGUGCGCACUACUCUGGGUCCUCGGGGUAUGGAUAAGCUGAUUGUGGACCAUAAUGGCAAAGCUGUCAUAUCUAAUGAUGGGGCUACUAUUAUGAAGCUUCUGGAUAUUGUGCAUCCUGCCGCCAAAACUCUUGUGGAUAUCGCCAAGUCUCAAGAUGCUGAGGUUGGUGAUGGCACCACAUCUGUUGUCAUCCUCGCCGGAGAGCUGCUUAAGAGGCUGAAACCUUUUGUGGAAGAUGGUGUUCAUCCUCGCAUCAUCAUCAAGGCUUUGCGCACAGCUGCACGUCUCGCUAUAGAGAGGGUCAAGGAGUUGGCUGUUAAGGUGGAGUGCCAGUCGCCUGAUGAACAAAGGGAGUUGCUCCGCAAGUGCGCGUCUACGGCGAUGUCGUCGAAGCUGAUCCACCAGCAGAAGGACCACUUCUCCAAGAUUGUGGUGGACGCAGUUCUGUCGCUGGACGCCCCGUUGCUGCCGCUCGAUAUGAUUGGCAUCAAGAAGGUGUCAGGCGGUGCAUUAGAGGACUCUUUCCUCGUAUCAGGUGUGGCAUUCAAGAAGACAUUCUCGUACGCCGGCUUUGAGAUGCAACCGAAGAGCUACGAUGAUUGCAAGAUUGCUCUUCUCAAUAUUGAACUGGAGUUGAAGGCGGAGAGAGAUAAUGCACAGAUCCGCCUGGACAACGUGAAGGAGUACCAGAAGGUGGUGGACGCGGAAUGGCAGAUUCUAUAUGAGAAGUUGGCGGCGCUUCACGCGAGUGGUGCUAACGUGGUGCUCAGCAUGCUGCCCAUUGGAGAUGUCGCCACACAGUACUUUGCUGACCGGGACAUGUUCUGUGCUGGUCGUGUACCUGCGGAGGACCUGAGACGUACACAGCGUGCGUGCGGCGGCGCGGUGCUCAGCUCUGUGCGCGACAUGAAGCCCGACAGUCUCGGCAGAUGUCAGCAAUUCACUGAGAAACAAGUUGGCGGAGAGAGAUAUAAUAUAUUCACCGGUUGCCCCGCGGCGAAGGCGUGCACUAUAGUGCUGCGUGGUGGUGCGGAGCAGUUCCUGGAGGAGACGGAGCGUUCUCUGCACGACGCCAUCAUGAUCGUGCGCAGGACUAUCAAAAAUGAUGCCGUCGUCGCUGGCGGUGGUGCAAUCGACAUGGAGAUAUCUAAGCACCUGCGCGAGUACUCUAAGGGUGUGGCUGGCAAGGAGCAGCUGCUGGUGGCUGCGGCUGCAAGAGCAUUCGAGGCCAUCCCGAGACAGCUGGCUGACAAUGCCGGCCUUGAUGCCACCGGACUGCUCAAUAAACUGCGCCAGCGACACCAUGCUGGUGACGUGUGGUACGGCAUCGACAUACAGAAGGAGGACAUCGCUGACAACUAUGUGAACUGCGUGUGGGAACCAGCAGUUGUCAAGAUUAACGCUAUCACAGCCGCGUGUGAAGCCGCCACACAGAUUCUUUCAGUAGAUGAGACAAUAAAGAACGUGAAAAGUGAGGCUCCGCCGCAGAUGCCGGGACGUGGCAUGGGGAGACCCAUGAUGGGUUAACCUCACGCACCUCAUACACACCUCAUGCGCAGUAUUCACACAACCUCAUACUUCAUACAUACAUGAGAAGGACAUUACAUAAUCAACAUUCAAAUUUAUAUUAACCAGUGAUUUAAUAUUCAAUUAUCAGUUUCAAGAAGUACGAAGAAUGCAGAAGAAACCUUGAUUAUUUUGAAAUAAACAUCUCCACUAUAUAUGUCCUUCUCUAAAUGUGCGUUUACAUUGUUUAAAUUUAUAUAAGAAAUAAUAUGUUGCAUAACAAGUGUUAGACAAUGGAAACGUACGAAGUGUCACAACUAGUGCGCUAGAUUUUAUGCAGGCUUUGAUUUCAAGAAGGAAGUUUUAAUUUUGUAUUCAAUUAAUUCACUGACUUCGCCUUACGCUUUUACAUUAGCGAG